CGUUGCCGGCAACGUAAGCGUUCGGUCGUGUUUUUACCUCUACGCAGUUCGCGCAGCGACUUCGUCUUGCACUUGUUCAGUGGCGUCGAUACGCGCCUCGCAAUAUUCCAACGGGAUCGCCCCAAAGUAUAACAAAUUAUAGUGCAUUUAUAAAUACAUCGAUUAGGCGAAACACAACCUCUGCCAUAAACCACUCAAAGCCAUGGCCGAAAACGAACCGCUCGAUGCAGCUGCCAGUCAACCGAACGGACGGAUAUUGAGCGCUGCGGAACGCUCAAAUGGACACGCAAAGCAGGUCAGUAACGGACAUGGAAAUGGUCAGGUGGUGCACAAGGAGAAGUCCACUAAUGGGAAACAUGAGAAUGGUGUCCAGAAACCACAGCAUAUCGAGGCGCCCUGCUGUCGAGAUAUACACGGCAAGGAGCCGCCGGAUGGCGGUACUCGUGCCUGGCUGGUGAUGAUCAGCGCCUUCCUGUGCAACGGCGUCAUCUUUGGCCUGAUCAACACUUACGGUGUGCUGCACAAGCUUUUAACCGAACGACUAACGGCACUGGGCGAUACGGAAGCCAACAGCAAAGCGGCUCUGGUUGGCUCCUUGACCAUAGGCACAACAUUCUUUCUGUCGCCAGUAGCUGGUGUUCUCACCGACAAGAUUGGCCUGCGACUGACGACCUUUUUGGGCGGUAUGCUCGCUUCGGGUGGUUUGUUUCUUUCGUCCUUUUGCUCUGAUAAUAUAAGCGCCAUGUAUUUUACUUAUGGCAUUAUGUUUGGACUGGGCGGAGCUUUGGCCUAUACGCCCACAUUGGCCAUAUUGGGACACUACUUUAAGCGCUAUCUGGGCAAGGUGAGCGGUUUUGUUACGGCUGGUUCCAGUGUAUUUACGGUUAUACUGCCACCUGGAUUGGAUAGUCUGCUGAGAAUCUAUGGCCUGGAGACGACCUUAAGGCUGAUGAGUCUCAUGGCGGCAUUUAUAAUAGUCUGUUCGUUUGUCUACAAGCCCCUGCAUCUGCCAGUGGACUCGCCCAAAAAGAAGAAUGGACGUUCGCGAUUUAAUGUGUUUCUACGGUCCAUUGUCAAUGUGGAUAUCUGGAAGCGGAAGCGUUAUGUCAUCUGGGCCUUGUGUGUGCCACUUGCGCUAUUUGGUUACUUUGUGCCAUAUGUGCAUAUGAUGAAGUUUGUGGAAAGCGCGUUUCCCGGCAACGACGUUAAUCUGCCCGUCAUGUGCAUUGGCAUUACGUCUGGCGUUGGUCGCUUAAUCUUCGGUGUUAUAGCUGAUAUGCCGGGAGUGAAUCGGAUGUAUCUGCAGCAACUGUCGCUUGUUUGCAUUGGUCUGGUCACAUUGCUGCUUCCUUUGACCAGUUCAUAUGUGGUGCUCGUGACAUUCGCCUUGGUCAUGGGCCUGUUUGAUGGCUGCUUCAUAUCGCUGCUGGGUCCGAUUGCCUACGAGAUUUGUGGACCCUCGGGUGCAACGCAAGCGAUUGGCUUCCUGCUUGGCUUGUGCUCUCUGCCCUUGACUAUUGGUCCACCUGUUGCUGGCUACAUAUUCGACAGCACCGGCUCGUAUACCCUGCCACUGAUAUUGGCAGGACUGCCGCCCCUUGUUGGCUCCUCUCUGCUAUUCCUCAUGCGUUGCGUUAAAGAUGACUCGAGUAGUAGUAAUACGAAUGGAGUUGCAGGCUUACCAAAUGGCGACAUUGAAAACUCAUCCAAUGGGGAUUACCGCUUGAAUGGCGUAAAGUCUAGUGCACCUCUCAUGGGCGAAAAUGGAACCAAUGGAUCAUUGCCUAAUGGAUCAUCAAUUGCCGUGAAGUCCAGUGCACCGCUCAUGGGUUCCUCCAUAAAUGCGAAUGGAAGCAAUGGCCUAAUGUCCAAUGGACAUGUGGAUACGAUUGACUCAACAUAUGAGCCACUCACUGACAGGCCCGGAUCCUAGAUAAAGUCGCUGUCGUCUACUAACUCAAAAUUCCACAAAACUUUAUCAUUGAAACUUCUGCCAUUUUAAUCUGUUAUCAUAUCGCUAUCAACGUAUUUAGCGCAUAAAGAAAGGUGUUCAUUUUGACUUUACUGUACAUGAGAUGAGUGAAGAUGAUGUGAAUGUACAAAUUAUGAAUAGACCUUUUGUUGGAGAGACUUGUGUACUUUUGAUGUACAUAAUAUUGUAAUACUUAUUUUUCAUAAAUGUAUACUAUAGGCUAAGAAAUAUUUCAAAUGCAAAAAAAAAGAAACACAAAAAAAAAAAA